UUUAAGCCAAUUUUGCCGCCUCACAACAAAAUAUCGGAAUCGGAUAACUGUAAGAGACGGAACGCAAAGUGCAAAUCUUUCUCUGCCUGUUGAGUGCACGACGCCUUCCUGCCUCAUCCCUCCCAAUUUCUACUCUCUCAUGGAAGCAAAAUCCUAGAAGAAAACGGAAUCUUCCCCAAUGGCGAAAUCCCUAGCUAUCUGCCCUGCGUACUUCCUCGCUACCCCUUUACCCUUCCAUGUUCGCCAUGGCAGACAGGGGUUUCCGCUUUCGAGGCCCCAGCGAGCGGUUGCUAGGGUUCGGAUGAGCCUCGGGGAUUUUCCUCAACCAAACGGGUUUGAUUCCCUUUUUGACUUGGGCGGAAUUACUUCGAGGAUGGAGGGGUUGCUCUUCACGUUGGCGGACGCUGUGGUGGCCGCGGAUCCUUCUACGUCUGAAACGACAGCUGCUGCGGCGGCUCAGAAAAACGGGGGUUGGUUUGGUUUUAUCUCAGACGCCAUGGAAGUUGUUCUGAAGGUUCUGAAGGAUGGGCUUUCUUCUGUUCAUGUGCCGUAUGCCUAUGGUUUUGCAAUCAUAUUGCUUACUGUUAUUGUGAAAGCGGCAACCUUUCCUCUGACUAAGAAGCAGGUGGAAUCAACAUUGGCCAUGCAAAAUUUACAACCAAAGAUCAAGGCUAUCCAAGAAAGAUAUGCAGGCAACCAGGAAAGAAUACAGCUUGAGACAGCUCGGUUAUACAAGCAGGCUGGUGUGAAUCCAUUAGCAGGUUGUUUCCCAACUUUGGCGACAAUACCAGUUUGGAUUGGCUUGUAUCAAGCUCUCUCAAAUGUAGCAAAUGAGGGCUUGCUGACAGAAGGGUUUUUUUGGAUUCCAUCGUUGGGAGGUCCAACAACAAUUGCUGCUCGACAAACUGGUUCUGGAAUCUCUUGGCUUAUACCUUUUGUGGAUGGACAUCCACCCCUGGGCUGGUCUGACACAGCAGCAUAUCUUGUACUCCCUGUGCUGCUUAUUGUUUCUCAGUAUGUCUCGAUGGAAAUUAUGAAGCCACCUGAGACUGAUCCAUCUUCCAAGAAUACACUUCUCGUUUUUAAGUUUCUUCCUCUAAUGAUUGGCUACUUUUCAUUGUCUGUGCCCUCAGGAUUAUCUAUUUAUUGGCUUACAAACAAUAUUCUCAGCACUGCACAGCAAUUAUGGCUGAGAAAAUUAGGUGGUGCAAAGCCCAUCGUAAGUCCUGAUGCAGGUGACAUCAUAAGUGCUGGACAAGCAAAGCGUUCUGGAAGGAGUGGAGAAAGGUUUAAGCAAUUAAAAGAAGAAGAAGAGAGUAGAAAAAUGUACAAAGCAUCGCAAAGGGAGGAAGAUCAGAUUCUGGCAUCUGAUUCAGAAUCCGAUGAACUGACUGAUGGAGAGUCCAAGAAUGGAGCACAUGAUGAGUCAUAUGCUGCUACUACAACAGGCAGCAAAGGACUUCCAAAUUACACUGGCCCAAGGAAGGGCAAAAGAUCAAAGAGGAAGCGAACGGUGCAGUGAUUGGCUUAGCAAAUGACACUUUGGUCUCCUCCAAUGGUCGAUUUUAUGUUGGAAUGUAAAGUUGAUUUUUAGCUGCAACUUAUAGGCUUAUGACUUUAUGUUUAUUCCAUUAUUCUUAAUCAUAAGAUAAGAUUAUAACAAGCAUAUUUUCGGCAGCUUCAGGUCGGCCAUCUUUGCCAGUUUUGUAUGUCAAUAAAACAUUUGUCAUUGAAAUGCUAUUUAGUCCGCAGAAUGGUUGUUUUCAACGUA